AUGGAGGCGGCUGGCGCGUUGGCAAGCUUGGCACCCUCUCCUAUUACCGUGCUGGGGCUGAUACCACUCCUGGCUCUCGGGAUCACGUACUUCAGAUACCAGCAAUACGACCCGGAAUCGUAUGUCACAAAUAUCAACACAAUAAUGCCGAUCUACGAUUUUGUGAUAGUUGGCGGGGGUUCUGCAGGCGCAGUCGUCGCUUCACGGCUCAGCGAGAUCAGUAACUGGACAGUGCUGCUCCUCGAGGCUGGACAGGAUGAGAACGAGAUCUCGGACAUUCCAGCUCUGGCCGGAUAUACACAACUCUCUGAAAUGGAUUGGAAGUUUCAAACGACACCUUCCAAGAAUCGUUCCUAUUGUCUUGCUAUGAAUGGUGACCGUUGCAACUGGCCUAGAGGCAAAGUACUCGGCGGCAGCAGCGUCCUUAACGCUAUGGUGUAUGUCAGAGGCAAUCGAAACGACUACGAUCUGUGGGAAGCGCUCGGCAAUCCCGGCUGGUCGUAUGAUCAAGUAUUACCGUACUUUUUGAAAUCGGAGGACAACCGCAAUCCGUACUUAGUUAAUACGCCUUACCAUUCUUCCGGCGGGUAUUUGACUGUUCAAGAAGCCCCGUGGCGAACACCGUUAGCAAUUACAUUUUUAAAAGGUGGCAGGGAAUUGGGUUAUGAAUUUCGCGAUAUAAACGGUGAGAAACAAACGGGUUUUAUGCUAACUCAAGCAACUAUGCGACGAGGAAGUAGAUGUAGUACUGCAAAAGCUUUUCUUAGACCAGUACGCAACAGGGAUAAUUUACACAUAGCCAUGUCAUCGCAAGUUACACGUAUAUUAAUAAACCCAGUCAAAAAACAAGCGUAUGGCGUAGAAUUCUAUCGUAACGGCGAAAAGCACAAAGUGAGAAUUAAACGAGAAGUGAUAAUGUCCGCUGGUGCUUUAGCUACUCCUCAGAUAAUGAUGUUAAGCGGGAUCGGCCCUGCAAAUCACUUACGGGAACAUGGGAUACCUCUGGUGGCAAAUCUUAAAGUUGGGCAUAACUUACAGGAUCACGUUGGAUUAGGCGGCCUUACUUUUAUCGUCAACAAGCCAAUAACAUUUAAAAAAGAUCGUUUUCAAUCUCUAUCUGUAGCUAUGAACUAUAUUUUAUAUGAAAAAGGUCCGAUGACAACACAAGGUGUAGAAGGUCUUGCAUUUGUAAAUACAAAAUAUGCUCCUCCGUCUGGAAAUUGGCCAGAUGUUCAGUUUCAUUUUGCACCUAGCUCAGUAAAUUCGGACGGCGGUGAACAAAUACGAAAAAUAUUGAAUUUACGUGACCGAGUGUACAAUACCGUUUAUAAACCGAUAGAGGAAGCAGAGACGUGGACAAUAUUACCUCUGCUAUUGCGUCCUAAAAGUUCAGGUUGGAUAAAACUUAAGAGUCGAAAUCCUUUCCACCCACCAUCAAUAGAGCCCAAUUACUUCGCUUAUAAGGAAGAUUUAAAGGUAUUGACAGAAGGUAUACGUAUAGCCUUUGCAUUAUCAAAUACGACUGCAUUCCAAAAAUAUGGUUCACGACCGCAUAACAUUCCAUUACCGGGCUGUCAACAGCAUGUUUUGUUUAGUGACGAAUAUUGGGAGUGUAGUCUUAAACAUUUCACUUUUACCAUUUACCAUCCAACUGGAACUUGUAAGAUGGGUCCUAACCAUGACCAAGAUGCUGUCGUCGAUCCAAGAUUGCGGGUCCAUGGAGUAGCAAAUCUUCGGGUGGUGGACGCUAGUAUUAUGCCAACUAUUAUCAGUGGUAAUCCUAAUGCACCUGUAAUAAUGAUAGCCGAGAAAGCCUCCGACAUGAUCAAAGAAGAUUGGCUGGUGUUA